AUGGCGUGGGGCCUCAAACUUACGGGAAUUGAAGACGUUCAAGAGCACGAACAGGACUUGAACGGGGACGUAAAAAUGGAUGAUACAAGUGGCUCGGAUAGUGAUUACACAAAAUACUGGAUCGAUUGGUUUUUGUCCACCAAGGGAAAUGAAUAUUUUUGUGAAGUCGACGAAGAAUAUAUACUCGAUCGUUUUAACCUGACGGGGUUGAAUUCCGAAGUCCAACACUAUGUUCAGGCUCUCGAUUUAAUAAGCGAUACUUUGGAGGAGGAGCUCGACGACGAGAUGCGCGAAGCUGUUGAGAAAUCCGCUCGCCAUCUCUACGGGUUGAUUCAUGCGAGGUUCAUUAUCACAAGUCGAGGGCUGGCGAAAAUGCUUGAGAAAUACAAAAAAGCAGAUUUUGGCCGCUGCCCACGUGUAUUGUGUAGCAAUCAGCAACUCCUGCCAGUUGGUCUUUCUGACCAGCCUUACACCAAAUCCGUGAAGCUAUACUGUCCUCGCUGCGAAGAUAUUUACAACCCCAAAUCCACGCGGCACGCUAGCAUUGAUGGGGCAUAUUAUGGAUCCACAUUUCCUCACAUGUUUUUCCAAGUUUAUCCGCAUUUGCUUCCCCCAAAGAGCAAUGAACGAUAUGUGCCGAAGAUAUUUGGAUUCAAAAUUCAUGAAAUCGCUAAACAGCAUCGUUGGCAAGAUCAACAAAGAGAAGAACAACAAAGGCGCAUCACUAUGGGAAAUGAAGGGAACAAUAUCAAUACCUAA